AGAUAAGUAAAUUUACUUAUCUCUGAUUGUCGUACUGGAAAACUGGAAUUAUAACAUUGCCUUGUUUAUUUUUCUGAAUGCUUUGAAAUCAUGAAAUAAGAAAUAUUUGACACGAAGCUGUAGUUACAGAGCAAAGUGGUUUUAAGUAAUGAAUUGAUUUUGAAGUUAAAUCUGUUUUAACUCCUCUGCCAUGGAAGAUCUAGACGACAAAUUUUGCUAUGUUUAUAGUUAUACCAUCGAAGCUAAGCUUACUGUUAAAAUAGGCACGCUGGAAGGCAAGCGCCAGAAACCAGAAUAUGAGAAGUUGUUGACAGAUCCCAUGCUGAAGUUCUCAGGUCUGUAUCAGGAUGGCUGUGCCGACCUGAUGGUGGUCUGCCAAGUGUUUGCUGAUGGCAGGCCGUUAGCUCUGCCCAUCUCCACCUCCUACAAGCACUUCACCUCCAGGUGGAAUUGGAAUGAGUGGGUCACACUGCCUGUGAUGUUCAGUGAUCUGCCCAGAAAUGCGCAGCUGGCAUUGACCAUUUACGAUUGUGUCGGGCCUUCGCAGAUGCAACCAGUGGGCGGCACCACAAUAUCCUUGUUCGGAAAGCAUGGUGUUUUUCGACAGGGCAUGUUAGAUCUUCGCGUAUGGCCAAACACUGUAGCAGAUGGCAACUUCCCAAGCAAGACACCGGGCAAAGCUCGUGAUCAUGGUAAAGAGCAGAUGCAACGACUUGCCAAGCUAACCAAAAAACAUAGAUUUGGCCACCUUAUGAAAGUCGACUGGCUUGAUAGACUAACGUUUCGAGAAAUUGAAAUGAUCAAUGAGAAGGAGAAGCGGAGUUCAGAUUACAUGUUCCUGAUGGUAGAGUUUCCUAGCAUACAAAUGGAAGGCGUUCCGCAUGCAGUAGUGUUCUACGAACAAGAUGGUGAUGAGGCAUACCAGUUCCGAGUGAAUGCAGACAUCGUAACAGUUCCUGAUAACGAAAUAUUACAGGAGAACCUGGUGGAGAGCAAGCACCACAAGCUGGCGCGCAGCCUGCGCAGUGGCGUGUCGGACAAGGACCUCAAGCCCAACGCCAGCAUGAGGGACGUGCUGAACACCGUCGUGGCCCAGCCCUCCACCACGCAGCUGACCACGGAGGAGCAGGACCUCGUCUGGAAGUUCCGCUUCUACCUCAGCAACCAGAAGAAGGCCCUGACCAAGUUCCUGAAGUGCGUGAACUGGAAGCUGGCGGCGGAGGCGCGGCAGGCGCUGGACCUGCUGCAGCAGUGGGCGCCCAUGGACGUGGAGGACGCCUUGGAGCUCCUCGGCCCCAACUUCACCCACCAGGCCGUGCGGAGGUACGCCGUCACCAGGCUCAAGCAGGCCCCCGACGAGGACCUGCUGCUAUACCUGCUGCAGCUAGUGCAGGCGUUGAAGUACGAGAACUUCAACGAGAUUCACGAGGGCUACAACAAGCUGUUCCCCGGGAGAGAAACCACCGUCCCCCCAGCGCCGGAGGAGACCCAAGUUCCUCGGGACGUGAAGGAGGCGGACGUUGCGAUGAAGAAGUCGCUGAGCUUCCAGCAGGGCUCUGAAGCGGAGAACACGGUUGUCGUGCGCUCCACCUCGCUGGGGGAGAACCUGGUCCACGGGCUGGUGAACGUGGAGGGCGCCAGCAGCGACAAGGAUCUGGGCGAGGAGAUGGACCUCGCUACGUUUCUCAUCUUCAGGGCGUGCCAGAACUCCACCUUGGCCAAUUACUUCUACUGGUAUCUUCUAAUAGAAUGUGAAGACCAGGAGCCGGCAGUGAAGCAAGACAGCUUGGUGAGGGACAUGUACCUGACAGUCAUGAAGACAUUCUCGCAGACGCUACUGAGGGGUGAUGUGGAGUGGCAGAAGAGACGAGCUUUCCUCACGCGCCAGCAGACCUUUAUCGACAAGUUGGUGAGGCUGGUGAAGACAGUUGCGCGCGAGAGUGGCAAUCGUAAAAAGAAGACUGAAAGGUUGCAGGCACUGCUAGCAGACCCAGAGCCAUUCAAAAUUAAUUUUGCCAGCUUUGAACCUCUGCCAUUUCCUCUGGACCCUGAUGUACAGAUCAAAGGCAUCAUUCCUGAAAAGGCAACACUGUUCAAGUCGGCGCUCAUGCCAUCACGACUGACGUUCCUGACGACUGAUGGCUCGGAGUACGUGGCAAUUUUCAAGCACGGCGAUGACUUGCGUCAGGACCAACUGAUACUGCAGAUGAUAACGCUGAUGGACAAGCUGCUGCGUCGGGAAAAUCUCGACCUGAAACUGACGCCAUACAGGGUUCUGGCCACCAGCACUCGUCACGGCUUCCUCCAGUUCAUAGAAUCUAUUCCCGUGGCUGAGGUCCUGGCCACAGAAGGUAGCAUUCAAAACUUCUUCCGCAAGCACCACCCAUCGGAAACGGCUCCGUAUGGAAUAGCGCCUGAGGUUAUGGACACCUAUGUCCGGAGCUGUGCGGGGUACUGCGUGAUCACGUAUCUGCUGGGAGUGGGAGACCGCCACCUUGACAACCUGCUGCUCACCACCUCCGGGAAGCUCUUCCACAUCGACUUUGGCUACAUCCUGGGUCGCGACCCCAAGCCGCUGCCCCCGCCCAUGAAGCUCAGCAAGGAGAUGGUGGAGGCGAUGGGUGGCAUCAACUCGGACCACUACCAGGAGUUCCGCAAGCAGUGCUACACUGCGUUCCUGCAUUUACGCAGGCACACCAACCUGAUCCUGAACCUGUUCUUGCUGAUGGUGGACGCGAGCGUGCCCGACAUAGCGCUGGAGCCCGACAAGGCCGUGAAGAAGGUGCAGGACAAGCUGCGGCUGGACCUGAAUGACGAGGAGGCCGUCCACUACAUGCAGAACCUGCUGGACCUGUCUGCCACAGCCGUCAUGGCUGCACUCGUCGAGCAGCUGCACAAGCUGGCCCAGUACUGGCGCAAGUAGCCUGGCCCUCGUGUUCUCUGCGAUACAGCCUGCUGGCGGCGGUCACCCAUCCUGAUCCUUUCUUGAAUCCUCGUCAGUAUCCAGUGUCCAGCACUCACUCCCACGUGGUCUCUGCGAUACAGUCUGCUGGUUCUCUCCUGGGAAGGGAGAGAUCACCCCCACUGACCUUCAAAAAAAAGUGGCCAAUUUUAUGAUGUAUUUCUUGUGUUCAGGUAUGCAUGAAUACUGAACUGAUAUCUUACGGAUGGUGAACUAUGUUGCAGUUUAUGGCUGUGUGUAGUGAAGUGAAUUAGGGUCUAAGACGGGAUAAAUUUGAGUGAUAUCUGUGUUAUUUGGACGAGAGGGAUGAUGAUAGAACGACUGUGAUCACACAAUGAUAUUGCAGACAAAUGUAAAUUUAAAUUUUUUGAAUAAUAUUUUUAUACCUCUUAAUAAAUUUUUUAUUAUAAUUUUUUCUACCUGGUGGAAAUGAAGUUUUUUCAAUGAUAAAUUUUUUUUGUUGUUCAGCCAGUAUCUUAAGUCUUUAUUGUACUUAAUACGUUUUUUUACAUAAAUAUUAUUUAAUGUUAAAUGUUACCUGUUUUCUAACAUAUAUAAAUAUUAAGUAAACUUAAUACAGGAAUUGGAAUAUAAGUUUGAAGUUUUACAGAAUAUGCAAGCAAUCAUAAUGCAAUUUUCAAGAGUUACCGUGUUUUCUCGUAUAAUAGUCGCACAUUUAAUUCUAAAAUCAAGUUUGAAAAGUAGAGGUGGGACAAAUAUGCGGAAAAAAAAUUUUUGUUAAGUAAAGUUAUUCAUAAAAACAAAACCUGUUCAUGAAAAGUACAUUUAUUUAAAAAAAGGUGGAGUAUACAAGAGCACGCCAAACAAUCUAUAAUAAUUCCUUAAACAAAAACCUUCUUCAACUUUAAAUAGAAAAACCAAAACUCUAACGCGAACGCAAGCCAAUUGAAUCUGAUGUGAACUAACGUGUCUUAGUACACACUUACCACGAAAGAAUGUGGGCUAUCAAAUGUAGUUAACUCGGCACCUGACAGAGUGCGCGUUGUAUUGCCGUCAGCCGCGGUCUCGUGUUCGAGAUCGGGCGCAGGUCCUAGCGGGGUGGCUGGCUUUCUUAGCGUUUUCUGCUCCGGGAGGGCGCCAGGCUAGCUCGGUGUCUAACCGUGUGAUGGUCGUGGGUUCGUUGCCCCAGCGUGGUCCGCUAGAACCGUUGGCGGUGGUGAAAUUUGUUUCCUGAUUGGUUUGGGUUGUUUAAGUUAAUUUACAUACACUGUUUUGGUUGUUCUAUGGGUCGCACGUCGCGCACGGGGGGUGCGGGGUGGACUUUUUAUUGUUCACGAUUGACACUGGUUCAUUACAUUGGGCACGAGGUUUACUCGGCGGUACAUGACUGCCAAUGGGGCGUCGGAACACGUAGAAGUUUUUAUUACACUAUGAUUACAAUUACACUUGAUAAAACGGCACUCUGUGGUGCUUUUAAGUACACGACUACACUGCACACGUUAUCUGAGAGGGGCACCUGCGUGCCUCUACGUGCGUUUACUUAAGUCCUCACGCCAGUUGCAGUCGAGGGAGAGCGUUCAAUUAGCAUCGGCUAAUUUCAUCAUCUGUAAUUGGUGACGCGCGGGCCCACCUGUGCGGACCGCGGCUCGCUACUAAAUUAAAACACGUUUAAUCUUGAAGGUAGCCUGUGCCUGUGCACUAGGCGAUUAAAUAAAGUUCUGGGGUGGCGGGAGACGGCCCGUACCGAAUACUGCACGGUCCCACGUAAUGCUUUGUGUGGGGCGUGUUAAAUUGAUGCGGCUGGGUUAGGCCCUACACCGGAAAAAGGACCGGGCGCACACGGGGAGUAUUAAAAAAAGGUUUUGGUGGUGACUAUAAUUACCAGAUGGACGUUCGGUGAAACAAAGAGAUGCUGGCUCCCCGUGGGACGUGCGUCCGUCCCGGUCCGCGAGUCGCGCUGUACUGGCGUGCAGCCCUGGCGCGAGGGGAGGGGUAAGCUCCCUGUCGCGCCAGAGUUUCUAAAGUUCCGUUAUUCGUAAAAAUCUAUAUAAUUAAUUAAAUUUAAGUGGCUCUAAAUUCACAUAAUAAAACAUAAUGAUUAAUCUAAUAUCUAUAUAUGUUAUAGAAAUGACAUUUAAUAAGUUUGUCUAAAAUAAGUUUGAAUAUUAGAGUCAAGCUGGAGACUGUCUGUUUCUUGAAAACUACUCCAGUGGCGAACGAUAAUGCUAAUUUAGGGUGGUUUGAAUUACGUCACACGUUUCCCUACUGAAAUUAGGCUGAAGGCCGCAAGGGUUGCACUCACAGCUGUUUUAGCAGAAAACUACACGUGAGUGAGCCGGGCACUCCUACGUCGCACUUUAUUAAUUAGGGGCUUUUGUUUGUUUUUGAUUACGUUAUUAUUGCGUGGGGAAUUUUGUAGGCACGGUGAGUGCAUUGCAUGCGUAAUUAGAAAUGGUUCGCUAUUCUCUACCUUGGGCUGCGGUCCGCUCACUUGACUCGGGUGGGCCAUGGCUAGGGGUGCUUUCCGUUAGCGGAGCCGAGUACUGGCGGGUGCAGGUCGGGCUUAGGGGUGGCCUUCGGCCGUACGAUGUCAGUAUGCACUCGGCGAGAUAUCGAUAUUCAAAUACGUGCGCGCGCUCUAUACGUGAAGCAACAUAACCAAACAUAAAUGAUGCGCUGGCUACAUUUUUAUAAGCGGUACGCCGCGGCAACGCAAUCAGAUAAAGGAAAUAAUGUUUAAAAACGUCUUUAUAAGAAAAUUUACACGUCAAACAUCUUCGUAUUUCCGUUAAUUAAAUAAAUAAGUGGUAAUGACCGAAUAAAUAUUAGAUUUCUACUUUAAAAUACAUUGUUUUAUACGGAAAAGAUACCUACACAAAGUGCUCGGCAUCUACUAGCGGGACCAAAAACAUCAUGCGACGUUUACGCGAGAAGUUUUUCAUCCCAAUUUUGACAGCCUAAAAUAUGGUUGCGACGAUUACGCGUGUGCGACCAUUGUGCGAUAAAACACUGUAUUCAUGCAGUAUUUUGUUAAGUGCAUUUUGAUGGUAAAAGCACAUUGUGAAUAGCAAUUUUUUUUAUCUUGUGUACCAUGUACACAAAUUACUAGUGUGAAGUUAAAAUUAAAUUAUUUUUUAUUAGUUUUUAAAUUUAACAGCAUAUACCUUUUUUUUAUUAAAUAAUUAUUUUCGUAGUCCUAUUUUGGUGCCUCUUCCUUUUCUUGUUUUGGAUUUGUUAACUUUUGGAAAGUUAUGUCAUUUCUAUUCUAUUGCCUCUUAUGUCAUUUGUUUCUUACAACUGCUGUGCGAAUUGAUAUUUUUCUAUUUGAUUGAAAAAGUGAAAGCAAAAAUAGCAAUAUGCCUAUUACUGUUGUGUUUGAUGCUGUAAAAUGGUCACAUUGUCACAUUCUUAUUUGGUGUAUAUAGUAUAUUCCUAUAUUGUAUUUUAUUAAAUUCCCAUCAUAUUAGCUUUCAUUAUCUUGGUAAUCAUUUUUUUUCAUAGAUGCCGUUACUUUUAAUCCACAUAACUAUUAAAAUUAUUAGGGAAAAAAAGAGGGAAAUAAUAUUUAGAAAUUAGUCAAAAUGUGCUUUUGCCAAAUCAUUUUGGUACCGGUAUUUAUGGUGUCAGAGAUUUUUUAGGGUUCCAACUGAAAUGAUACUUCUAAAGCUUAUGUUUUAAAUGUUUACAGUAAUUUUAAUCAAAUCUUUCAUUUUUUAUCUCUUUGCAAAUAUGUAUCAUAUUAUUGCUGAGAUAUUUGCAUUUUUUAUAAAUACGUGUAUAUUUAAUUUGUUAAUAGUGGAAGAGCUUCCAUAUUGUAAUUAUCUUAAUUAUAGUAAAUAGAAAAUCCCUUCCUAUGAGAUCAAUCCUAGUUAAACUUUAAAUUUUAAUAUACUAUUAAUAAUUAUGUGUAAAGGUAAGUGCAGGUUUCAGUGAGUUCCUUAAUAGAAUCAUCCCAAUUACUGGAUGGCAAAUUGUUUGUAAAUUCUGAAAUAAAUUGUAUACAAAAUA